AUGCCACAACCGGUUGAAGUAAGAAGAGACGUCCUUAUCUCAAAAGCACUUUCAUAUUUGCUUCGACAUGGAGCAAUCAAAGAAAAACUAACCUUCAACGAUCAAGGCUACAUCCCGAUUUCAGAAAUUCUUUCUCAUCAACGAUUAAAAUCCUAUAAAGCCACCCGACAAGAUCUUGAACGUAUUGUUACCAACAAUGACAAACAACGAUUCAAGAUUGAUCCCGAAUCCGAUCUCAUUUGCGCCACUCAGGGUCACUCGAUAAAGGAAAUUGCCGGUGAAUUACAAUUGAUGAACCGCGAUGAGUUGAAAAAGUUACACAUUUAUCAUGGAACUUACAAGAAGAAAUUACCCAUGAUUAAAGAGUCAGGCUUAAGUCGAAUGAAUAGAAACCAUAUACAUUUCACUUGUGAUGAGUAUCUGACAAUUUCUGGAAUUAGGAAAACUGCCAAUUGUUUAAUAUAUAUUGAUGUUGAUAAGUGUAUUGAUCAAGGAUUACAAUUUUUUAAAAGUGAUAACAAUGUUAUUCUUUGUCCUGGUGAUGAAAAUGGAAUAAUUGAAUGGGAGUUGAUUGAGAAAGUGGUAGAUAUAUGA